AGUGCUGGUCGGCAACCCUUGGUCGUGCAGAAACGCUCAGGGUUGCAACAGAAACACCCGCCGUCUUUUUUCUUUGCAUAUUUAUAAACGCAUCGUAUCCCAUUUCUAUUUUUAUCAAGUUCAAGUUAUUUUUGAGGCCAGUUGCAUGCAUUGUUCGUCUCCAAAAAUGGUUUGCGAGACAAAAAUUGUUGCGGAUGAACACGAUGCCAUACAAGGGACAAAAAAAGAGUCUAUUAUCCUUUCCUCCUCGCAAAUGUGGACUUCUUCCACACCUGCACCGAAUCCUCUCGAGGAAAAUGAUGCGAGGAAAGAUACGGUUUUGAUCCGCGAGUUUGAGCGCACGGACCAUGUGGAGGUGCGCCGCAUCUUUUAUGAGGGGAUAAUGGAGAGGAUACCCAACACUGCAUUCAGAGGCAUAUUACAGCAAAGUCAAACCCAAUUCGUAUAUGCUCUUCUGACACUGAUGUGCUUUGUUGUGACCAAAUCCCUCGCGCUGACCUGCUGCGCGCCGUUCCUUCUCAUGGCCGCGCGCUACUUCUACAGCCACAAAGUUAUCCACAGCUAUCUGGCCUGCGCGCUCCACACUGACAUGGCAGACAUCGAGGAGUAUUACAUGAAACCUACAGGCUCGUGUUUCUGGGUGGCAGUGCUGGAAGGUCAGGUGGUGGGCAUCGUGGCGGCGCAGGGCCGGGAGGACGACAACACGGUGGAACUACGCCGCAUGUCGGUGGACUCGCGCUUCCGUGGCAAGGGCAUUGCCAAGUUGCUGGGGCGCCGCGUGCUAGAGUUCGCCAUGCAUAACAACUACGCCGCCGUCGUCCUGGGAACCACCGCCGUCAAGAUGGCCGCCCACAAGCUGUAUGAGUCGCUGGGCUUCCGGCGGACCGGCGGUAGCGAGGAUUACAUGCUGCCCGGAAUGAGCCGCUCGCCGCAAGAGAGGCUGUUCUUCCAGAUCCGUUACCAACGCUACCGUCUGCAGCUCCGUGAGGAGUGAGGGAUGAGAGAGGGGGAGAGAGGGAUGGAGAGAGAGAGAGGGAGAGAGCAACGAUACCACCUCGAGGCAGAGCCCCUCGCCCAACGAUCCUCGACCAAGUCCUUCUCCUCUGACAACUUUCUUUAUUUUGUAUUAUUAGAGUUACUUCUUCUUACUACUACUGUUUCUAUUCAUUCAUCUUAAGUCACUAACUUUUUAUCGGUUUUAGUUUAUUUGUAUUUAUUUUUUACAUUUUGAAUAUAGUGCCCCCCCCCGAGUACAUUUAUUAUUAUUUGUUUACCCUGUCCUGUUGUAAAAAAAAUCCCUAACAUAUAUCACCAUCCCAUGCCUUUUCAAAUGACAUCAACUGAGUGUUCCCUUUGCUUUUGAUACCAUGUGAUUGUUCCUCACCGUAUUCAUUACCUCUACCAGCCCCUCCAACAUCUACCCCCUCCUGCUCAAUACGUGGCAUUUCUAUCUCAAACGCACCCUGUCUCUCAUUAGCCCAACUAAGCCCUCUCCAUUGUCACAACAACGUGUGUGCCCAAAAAGACCUAGACAAAAAGACUAAGUAGGUUGGCAUUUGUCCAGCCACUUCAGCACAGCCCAUAUACCAGCAGCCCUGUGGAGAGACAAGAGGAACAAAUCAAAUCAAAUGUUAUUGGUUGCUGACCCAUAUUUGACGGAUGUUAACACAGGUGCAGCGAAAUGCUUGUGUUUCUAGUUGCAACAGUGCAGUAAUAUCUAACAAUACAAAACAAUACACACAAAUUCCCCAAAAUAAAAAUAAAGGAAUUAAGAAAUAUCAGGAUGAGCAUAGUCAGAGUCUGGAAUAUAAAUAUAUAUGUAUAUGAUGGUGUGUAUAGACAGUAUUUGAAUAGAAAAGGUGUGUACAGCAGUAGUUAUAUAGGAUGACGAGAAUACAGGAUAUACAUAUGAAGGGGGUAUGUAUAUAUGGCAGCAGUCUCUAAGGUGCAGGGUAGAGUACCAGCUGAUAGCCGGCUAGGAACAAUGACUAAAGUUCACUGCAGGGAACUGGGCAGAGGCCGGCUACUGGUGACUAUUUAACAGUCUGAUGGCCUGGAGAUAGAAGCUGUUCCUCAGUCUCUCCUCAUCCCAGCUUUGAUGCACCUGUACUGUCUCUGCCUUCUAGAUGGUAGCAGGGUGAACAGGCCGUGGCUCUGGUGGCAGGACAUGUACUGUGCAGUCGGGUGGCAGGACAUGUACUGUGCAGUCGGGUGGCAGGACAUGUACUGUGCAGUCGGGUGGCAGGACAUGUACUGUACAGUCGUGUGG